AUGCGCGCUGCCGGGGAUCUCCUCGGCUCCGGCUACCCCGAGGGGAAGGAGAAGAGGGAGCGCCGCCGCCGCCGUCGAGGGAGCUCCGUCUUUGGCCCUUGGCGAGCACCCCCUUCCCCGUCCGGCCCCGGGAGCGCUUCUCGUCCAAGAGGUGGGUGCUGCGGGUUUGGGGGCCAGGCGGCCAGCGCCCGCCCCUCCUUCCGCCUCCCCUGCCCCACUUCUGCUUCUCCUCUGCCCCCCACCCACACCGCCCCCAUGUCUCCGCGGGAUAUGGUGAUUGGGGGAGGGAUCCUAGGGGUAAAUAGCCCUUCCUCGCACUUCGCUCCCCAGCCGCUCUCCUGCCCCCUGGCCACAGCCCCCUCUCCAGGAAUCCCGCGCUGCCCCCCAACACGCGCGCGCGCGCCCGCGCACACACGGACCCAAUUCCUCUCUGCGGGUGCUGAAGGAGCCUGCUGGGCUGGCGACACCUGGCGGUUGCCGCGGGAACGACAAAGCGGCGCUCAGCUUCAUUCAGGCGCGCGGCUCCGGGGGUCCCGUCGGGCGCUUUUUUGGAGGCCUGGGACCGCUUUGAAGGGCCGGGGGAGAGGGGCCCAAACGGGGAGUUCUCAGCGGAGGAGUUGGGAUCCUGAUCUCUUCCAGUAGCACUCCCUAUCUGAAUAAAUAGCGUCUCUUUCGUUACAGAGAUAUAUGUUUUUAUACCAGAGAGCGUUGCUGUUGCGCGCUCAGGUACUCCUUGGGGGCUUCGCUUUGUGGGUGUCUGGUUGGCCACUGUGAGAACUGGGUCCUGGGCUCGAUGCCCCGCCCGGCCUGAUCCUUAUGGUGGCCCCCCUCUCCACCAAUGUCCAGUUUUCACUCUUUUAAAACACAACACCCAAAUCCCCAGUCGCUCUGAACUGAGCAGGCAAGUAGGAUUCUACCCAGUUCCUCACUCAGAAGUCACACAGUCAGUCGUCCAGGUCCUGCUCGGGGACUUGGGGCAUCUGGGUGGGCGCUGCGAAGACAUUCCGCCCACUCCUGCACUGCAGGGCCCUUCGGGUGAUCUUCUCUUCGCAUGUUUUCAGUGGCUUGGGGGUGCGAGGACUUGGGAAGCCAAAGAAACCGGGAGUUUUGCACGGACAGUGGGUCUCCCUUCCUGCUUCCUCGGGGUCUUUCUCUGCAGCCUCUCUCAAAUUUGGGAAAGAGCCUCCGCCGCGUCGGGUCUUCUCCUGCAGCCAAAACCAACUCGGACCCCCGUUGCUAUUAAAGCGACGGCUGUGGUCCUCAGCCGGGGGCAGGAACCGGCCAGGGAAAGUGUGUGAAAGAGAAAGUGAUGUUUAUCCAUGUGUGUGUGUGCGUGUGUGUGUGUGUGUGUGUGUGAGAGAGAGAGAGAGAGAGAGAGAGAGAGAGAGAGCACCUUGUUUUUGCACGAUGAGAUUUCGAAAGGAGACUGGGACCAGAGUCCUGUUUUCUCCUUAGUUGCUUCCAGCGCUAACCACCCGCUCCUUUCCCGCCCCCUCCAUUUCCAGUGACCCAGUGUUGCCUAGUGGUUAGAGCGUCGGACUAGGACCUGGGAGAGACCAGGGUUCAAAUCCCUCACUCGGCCAUGACGCUCACCUGGUGACCCGGGGCCAGUCAGUCACUCUCCGCCUAGCCUACCUGGCAGGGUUGCUGGGUGGAUUAAAUGGGGGGAAGAGAACCGCCUAGAGCUCCUUGGAGAAAAAAGGUGGGAUUGAAAUGCAAUAAGUAAAUAAACAAAAUGACUUCUCUUUGACAAGUUACAAUAAAGUAAUUCAGAAUCUUAUCGACGGGGACCUCCUUCCGUCUCCCUGCUUCCCGCUCCUCUAUGUCUUCCAUUUUAGUCCCUUCUGACCCUCUCAAGGCCAUCAGACCCACUUCACAAAUUAUGUGAAAUCCAUCUCUGGGCCCUGAAGGGCAUUUCUCCCAUUUCUUCAUUAUUUGGGGGGCGGGGGAGUGGGAUUUAGACCGCUUUUCGAGUAGAGAGGGGUCACAUCCCAAAGCGGUUUAACAACGGAGUUCAGGCGCGGUAUGAUUUUGAACCGGGAGAGCAGGGGGAGGCAUCGUCCACACGAGACCCAGACCCAGAAGCGUGCAUGUAAGAGAGAGAGAGAGAUGGUAAGAUCCGUGUUUUAUUCCCCGCGCCUUCGAAAUCUCAGUGCAUUUCUUUAGGCCGGCGAGGAAUAAAAAUAUUGUACAGGAGUCCGUGUUCAGACGACCACAGCAUAAAAACCCGCCUGAGCAGGGCUCUAAAUACCAAAUCCCUCCACUCUCUGAACACGGGUUAGGACUUGGAGACUGGAUUUUUUGGGGAGAGGGGAGCUCUACUAAUAUUCCCUGCAGGCGAACCCGCCCCCUCGUCGUCGAUUGACAAACGGUUGGACGGGUGAAACUACUUGCUUCUUUCAUUUAUUUCGAAGAUUUAUAAAACGCUUGAUCGAAAGAGAUUCUCCGGCUCUGCUUCCCCCGGGUUAAAUCGAGGGUUAAGCUUAGCCGCCAGCGAUUUCGAUUAAGGAGCAAAAGAGGACCCGAGAAAUAUAAGGCAAUAUAUUUUUUUAUUGCGCCUCUUCUUCCAAAAAAGGAUUUAAACCGAAUGGGAUCGUUUGCUUCCUUGGCUGGAGGAGCGAGACGGUUUUUCUCCGCCUUUUCAAAGGCUUGAAAACGACAAGAAACGCGUUAACGAAUUAAUAACAAAAACUUCUCAACUUAAAACAACACAACGCAAUUGAAUUUAUAACCGCAACAAAAACGCCUGAAAGGGGAUUUUGGGGAAGGAUCGAUGGAUUCUGCUGUAAGCCACCCAGGCGCGCCCAACUUUGGAGAGGGAGAAGAGGCCCUUUUUUAGGCGUUUGGAGAUCGCAGGCCCGCCGCCCCGGGGAUGCGCGCCGGAGGCUGGUUUCAUUUUCGCCUCUCUUGCGCCGCAAGCCCAGGCGGACGGUUCUCCUUUCCACCGCUGUUUAGGAGAUUCCCCUGUAAGAUAUGCUCUCCUGGGUGAAUCUCAACUUUUGAAAAUAUUCCCCCUCCCCCCCCCCCACAAGGGCGCACGCCCAGCCUUCCUCUCCUCCGGGGCUUUAAAAGACUGGCGUGUUUGCCGCUUUGCGAGGCGAAUUUCGAGGUCGUUACCGUGGAUUUCUCCCGGUUUUUGAGCGAGAAUAGCAAUUGCAUUUCAGGAACAGCAUGUGAAAAUCCCCACACCCCAGUUUAUAAUUAUUUUUGCUAUUAUUACUAGUUUAUUAAUUGCUAGUUUAAUUUAGUUAUUGUAAUAACCGUUGCUGUUGCUAUUAAUAACACCAACAGGAAUCUAGGUCGUAUUUGUUUUAUUCAUUUAUUUUUAUGCUACCUUGUCAGCCUCUUCGCGACUUCAGAAUGUUUCCAGUGAAUAAUAUUAAUUGAUUAUUUCCGUGGGAUCGAACGCCUUGCUCUGGCGCCCGCUCCCUUUGCCGAAAGGCGCCCAGGGGCCACACCACCCGGCCCGCGGACCCCUUCCCAUCUCGGGGGGGGGGAGAGAAAUGAGAAGAAACCCGGAAAGCGAGGUAACUUGUCUGCCCUAGGGGAGCUGCCCCGCCCCGCCCCGGGACGAGGGGAGACGAAGUUCGCUUUUAUCCCGCUUUGAAAGGGCUCCGCUCACCUUCCCCCGCCCGGAAGAUUUGCAAAUAAGAAGCUUAGCAAAUAUGAAAGUCUGAGGUGUGUGACACAGCUGCUCGAAAGCAAAAGCAGCACUCACGUACCCACAACGAAAGGAGGCAGGAAGGAACAGAAACGGAGUCUGCAGGCGGGGCUAGUCCUACUCGGAGUAGACGUAUUACCUGGCACGCAUAACUUAGGUCUAAUGAUUGCAGUGGGUAGAGCUGAGUUGGGGCUCACUCCUCGUGGCCCUGCUUCUGUUAUUAAAAACUGCUAAACCCGGUUCACUAUCCUCCUCGGCGCCCCCACCCACUUUUAGUGGGGGGGGGUCCGGCUUAUUUUAAUUCGGGGUUCUCUGAUGCCUUCGGUAGGCUUUCAGAGGUGCGUCCGGAGAAACGGUGUGUCCAGGCUGACAUAAUGAAAUGCAAAACAGUAACAAUCAAUUGCACGUUUAUUCAAAAUCCAAUUAAAUUUUGUUUAAUCAAUGCUACAAAAUGGAUGAACCUGAUACAGUGACAGCAGCAUUUCAAAGUCUGAUUGUCAUCUCCGGUGCCCCCCUUGCCUCUUAGCACACACCCACCCACACACCCACACAAUCUCACUGCCACCCCCCUCCCAAGGUGCUACUGUCCUUUCUGGGAAAUGCUGGUCUAAGCCACCAUCAGGCAGACAUGGGCAGGUCUACAAUAGCAGGAGAGGCCAAGAGGAACUUGGUGACUUAGGUCUGGGCACCUGCCUGUCUCUUGGGGACAGAAGGGAAAGUCCCAACAUCUUCAUCCCAUGCCAUGACCCCAGAAAAGGAGCGUGGCCUCCCCAGUGGUGACUCCGGCUUGCCGACUUCUGCAGACAAGCAAAAAUACGGAUGGUUCUUUAUGAACCGUAGCUUGCCUUCCCUACUCUCAUUUUGCUGUCUUUUCAAAUGCCCAUUGUUGACUGCUGCCUCAGUUUAAGGAAGACGCUCUACCCGUUUCAAAAUGGGCUCCCUGCAACCCAUAAUAGCUCAGGUCACUUGGCUCCAUCUUGGCAGGCGGAAAUAUCCCCAGAGUACCUAAACGUAAACCACUUCAAGGUUGUUGACAACCAAGCUGUAUAUAAAGAAAUAAAGACAUAAAAUUGCCGGAUGCAAGCUUUGGAGUCACACAGGACUCUUGCUUCAGGAUGAGUCCUCAAAAGAGAGAGAUAGGGUCCUGUGUGACUCAGAAGCUUGCACCUUAAAAUGCCAAGGUAUGAGGGAAACGUUGACCCUCCUAUCUUCCUAUAUGGCAGCUUUCUUCAAACUGCUGCCCUCUGGGACUGCAACUCUCAUCGACCAAAUUUAGCCGCGCUGUCUAAUAGUCCUUGACAGAACUAUCCACCACAAAUGUGCCUAAUCCCCCUUUCAGAGGCACCUAAGACCAUCACAUGGUUGUGUUAUUCUGGGCUGUAUAAGCAGGGAGUUCCUCAGAUCCAUUUAAAAUCCCCUGUCAGCCACACAAUCCCAAAGUUCAAAUAUUAGGAGCGAAAAAUAUACAUAUGUUUAUAAAACUUUUAUCUAGGAGGGAGAGCAAACCUCAGACCCAGAGGAGAAAUUCAUCCCCCAUCAAGCCCUUGGGACUUGCCCCAGGCCACACCCUCUUUCCCUAGCCUCUGAUUGGCCCUGCAUUGCAGGGUUUGGAUGGCCUUUGGGGGUCCCUCCCAAGUCUACAGUUCCGAUUCUGAUUCUCGCUCGCUUGCCUGAAUUGAAGAUGGAGAGUUUUAUGUGUUAGAGUGCAGGACCUCUGUUUUUGUAUACAAAAGUACAAAUCACACAUGUGGCUCCGCCCUCGUUUCCCUCUGGCCCCACCCACUGCUGCCAUGUGGCCCCCAGAAGGUUGCCAGAGAGGCAGUGUGGCCCUCAGUCUGAAAACCCCCCACCCCAUGACCCUUGUCCUGCUGAAUCCUUCCUGACACACGUCCAUUCUAAACUUCCCUCAUAGUUUCCUGGUCGGGAACAAGGCUGGAUGAGCCCUUGUUGGUUGCCUGCCCAGAAGUGCCACAAAUGAGGCUGGGGAUGGCUUUGGCCCAGGGCUAAGGUCAGGCUGGCUUUUUCUCCUGUUGUGGAAAUGGAGUGGGGUCUGGACCAAGGGAGAAAGAAUGUGUGGAGGCUGACAGCUUUCGUUUCCCCUUUCCCACUGCGCCACACGCGACUGCAGCCUUGUCCAAGCUCCCCCUGCCUCUGUGCAGAGUCGCACCCCUGCAGGGCUGCUUCUUAAGGGGAAACAAAGCACAAAAAGCAGGUCUCCAAGCCCACAAAGACCCUGAAGUCCCUGUGAGGCUGUGAGGCUGCAGGACUUAACCUGACACCAUGGUUUGCACCCUGCUUAAGAAGUUAAGAACCUCAGAAGAGCCUGGCUGCUGGAUCAGGCCAGAGGGGGCCCAUCUAGUCCAGGAUCCUGCCCCACCUAGGUGCCUCUUUGGGAAACCCACAAGCAGCAUUCGAGCACAAGAACUUCUGCUCUUCUGGUUCGGAGACUGCAGCCUGCAUGUCCUUUGAGAAUCAGUGGUUCCCAAAUUUUGUGAUGGGCCACACUCCCCCCACCCCACCCGCUUGGUUGCCUAAGUUCUUCAUCCCCUGCCUCCUUAAAAGAAUUAUUCAGAAUAGCAGUUUGCAUGACCCACUGAGGAAAGACCAGAAUGCAGUAAAAAUCAGAACAGUAACAAUUAAUUGAACGUUUAUUCAAAAGCCAAUGAGAACUAUUUAGUUUGAUUAAUUCAACACAGCAGGUGAAAUUGGUCCAACUUUUCAACGUCUGAUAGUCACUAACACCUCCAGCCCCCCCUGCCUCUUAGCGGCCCCCCAGGUAACCCUCUCCAAGCCGCAUUAGAAACUGGGAAACCGUUAGAAACCGAAUGGCUCCUGGACGCCAAAAGAGAAUGUCUAGUCGCCACUUCUUCUUUAUUACUUUUGAUAAGCAUGAAUCACCAUAAUAUGCAAUUCACAUAAGUAACACAUUGUUAAUAUCACAUUUUUAGCAGAAAUUGUUAAUACAUGUUUAAUUUGGUGUUGACAAUAAAAAUAUUGGUACCAUACUUCAGUUUUCAAAACACUCUACUCUUUAUUGUUACAUUCCUUAACAUAUUGUCUAUCUUUAGCAUAUACUUCGAGGCUUCAAAGCACAUACAUUUCAGGAAUCCUUGAGUGUCAGCCAGGGGCAAAAAAAAAAAAAAAAAAUGUCACCCAGACUCUGGUCUCCCAAACGGAGAAUCUUUAGGUGCAAAAUGUGCCAGGUGCUCUGCUAAUUGCAAACCCUGCUUCUAGGGGGCGCUACCACCCACUUGCAUGCAAACUGGUAUAUAGAAGACCCAGACAUGCCCUUUUUGGCGCCAGUGGCGUAGGAAGGUCAGGUGAUGCCCAGUGCGGAAAAUUUAUUGUCACCCUCCCACACAUUGAUUUUUAUUUUUUUUUGCCUGCAAAAAUGGUUUUACGUUAUGUCAUAUUUUCUUACAAAGGAAAUAAUAAUAAUAAUAAUAAACAACUUUUAUUUAUAUCCCGCCCUCCCUGGCCGAAGUCAGGCUCAGGGUGGCUAACAUCAGAUACAUAACAUUGGUAUAAAAUCAAACAAUAAUUAAAUUAAUCCUAAAAACAUGUCAAAAUCAAAUUAAAGUCUAAUUAGAUGGCUUUCUGCAGGGUUAGGGUUGGGAACAGUAAGUGCUCCACUGAACUGAAAUUUCAGCCUUCACGACAUAGGAAAACGGCCAAGUAAGCAGCUAUUUUCGUGAAGGAGGGUCAAGAUAUUAACUGAUAUGCAUGAAAUUUCAUAUAUAGCUAUGUAAUCCCUAGUGUAGUAAGAGAAGACCUUUGGAGCAGGCUUUUUUUAAAAAAAAGUUUUUAUGAACUGCCCUAGUAGGGCAGUAAUUGUUCUUUGAUAAUUUGUCACCCCCCCCUCCAUGAUGGCACCCGGGGCCGGCCGCCCCCUUCCUACGCCCCUGCUUGGCGCCCACCCACUGAGCCAGGGAGCCUCCAGGGCAGAGCCCAAAUGCGGCCCUCCAGAGGCCUCUCUCUCUGGCCCUCGGACCUCUCCCCAGGCCACUCCCCUCCUUGGACUCUGAUCCUUUUCUUCUCUGGAAGGAGGAUGGAGAGAGACAGGUGGGUGGGUGAGUGUGGGUAGAAACUUGCCUGCUGUACAGAGGUAAAAUUUGCUCUGGGACACUUAUUUGAUUUUUAAUUAUCAUUCUAUAACAUUUAUGCACCUUGAUGACACCCAUCUGUCUUGAGAGACAACGGAGUGCACCUCCAAGGGUCAAACUGCAGCGCAGAGACCUCCUCGAGGCACAAGCCUGGCCAGUGUGUCUGGAGGUCCUGGGCUGCCCAGACGACAAGACCCCCCCUCGGCCUCGCUGAUAUGGUCCAAAGGAAAGCAGAGCAAGACGCUUGGCACCUUCUGAAUGUAAAAAACCAACAGACAAUCUCAAACCUGUUUUUGUACUUAUGUUCCAGUUGUGACACCCACUUAUUUGUGUAUUAUGUUGAUUGUUGAUGCGUUGUCGAGAUUAUUUAAAGUAAAACAUGAAAAUGCAUUUUUUAAAGAGUGAAAUGUGCCUUUGUCGUCCCGCCCACCACUGACAUAUGGGCCCCUGGGAGGGGACCUAGAAGGGAAGGCAGCCCCCCCCCCACUUCUGGACUAAUAGCCCUCCUCCUCAAUUUUGGGCAAAUCUGGCCUCUGUUAAAGAGACCCCAUUAGAGAGACUGCAUCUUCAGCAGACUGCCAAACAGAUGGUGGCCGAAUUUAUUUGCCUGACGGUCAGCCAGUGCUAUAAUGUUGUUGUGAAACAAUGGUAGGGUUUUUUUUUCUUGUGACAGGCCAAAGGAUGUCUUCCUUUCCCCAUUGCAUAGCCAACUUAUGGAAUUCACUGCCACAUGAUGGCUUUGAAAGCAGGCUUUGCACUUUCUAGGGACGGGUGACUUGAGGAGGCCUUGCCUGUCCUGCUUGCUGGACUUCCUGUUGUGGCGUCUGGUGAGAAACAGGAAGUUUGCCUCAGGGGCCUUUUGGUCUGACCCAGCAGGGCUCUGAUGCCGGUGAGGUUUCCAGGACAGAUCUCAGAUUCUUGCAUUUCCCUUUCUCACUGAGCCUUCCGCAAGGAGGACCGCCACCCUCCUCCUCUUCAUCUUGUUGCAAUGGAGAGAUCUUCAAGACGUUUUGUUCUGACCCGAUGCCCCCUUCAUUAAAAGGAAGGCACUCCCAGGCCAACAAGGGUGGGCUCGAGUCCCAGUGAAUUUUUUUUCUGGGCCCCCCAGCAAGGGGCAAACCAGCUGAAAACCUUUACACAGGGUAUGAAAUGAAUGUGUGGUCUUAAUUUUAUGUUAAUAAUAAUAAAUGUGAUAAUAUUUGUACCUGUUGAAUCCUAGAAUCCGAGAGCUGUAGAACUGGAAGGGACCCAAGGCUCAUCUAGUCUGACCCCCUGAAAUGCAGGAAUCUCAGCUAAAGCAUUCAGGAAAGAUGGCCAUCCAACCUCUGCUUAAAAACCCACAAGGAAGAAGAGUCCACCAUCUCUCGUGAGAGCCCGUUCCACUGUCGAACAGCUCUUACUGGCAGAAAGUUCUUCCGGAUGUUUAGUUGAAAUAUAAAACUUUGCAGAGCGUAGAGAAAGUGCAUAGACUUCUCGGUGUAAUACUAAAACUUAGCAGGGUCAUCCAAUGAAAUGGAAUGUUGGAAGAUUCAGGGCAGUUUUAGAGUUAAACUGUGGAACUCCCUGCCACAGGAAGCAGUGAUGGCCACUGAUCUGGAUGGAGGCAGCCAGCCACGCUUCUGAGUACCAGUUAUGGGAACCACAGGAGGGGAGAGUGCUGUUCUUGCGCUCAAAUCCUGCUUGCAGGUGGGGUUUCCCAUGUGGGCACCUGGUUGGCAGCUGUGAGAAUAGGAUGCUGGACUGAAUGGACCAGCAGGCUCUUCUGAUAUUCUUCCCCAACCUUACCUGCCAGAGACUGAAUCGUGGACCUUCUCACCAGGCAGAGCUGGCCCUCUUCCUCUCUGGCUACAACCGCCUUUGAGGAUAAUCUCUCUGGGAUGAUCGAAGGAGAUGGAGGAAGAGGUUUUUCCAAAUGAUGCUCCAUUUCCUUUGGGCCACCUGGAGAGGACAGGUUGGAGGCAAAGUCCUUUUCCGAACCAGAGAUUAUGGGAUGCUCCCCCCACUCCCCCCCUCCCCAUGCUCAGCAAUGGGUGCAAAGUGAGGAGUUUGCCAAAUAUGCAGAGAGGAGGAACAUUAUUUGGCAGGAGGCAGAACCCAGCUUUGAAGGCAUCCGAUGAUCUCACUGUUGGUUCUGUAUGCAUGGCUGGGAACCAGGGCGGCUGAUCAGAGGAAGCUGCGUUAUCCAGAGUUCAAGUCUCCAGAGUUUCAGAAAAGCUGCACUCGGGAGAGUCCAGGGGUUGAGACUGAGGCCUCUGAGCAACGUCCCUUUCCGUAGUUAGAUUCCAGUCCUCCUGGUUCUUAAUGAAGGGCUGGUUUCGUCUGGAGCAUAGGAAGCGAGUCGCAAUUCCAAAUAAAGGAGGGGUUUAAAUCAGAAUAGCUGGUCUAUACGAAUCAGGUCCUUGUGUCCGUGUAACUCAGUACUGCCCCGGAGUGGCUCUCCAGAAAUUCAGGCAGGGAACAUUCCCAAUCCUACCUGUGGGAAUGUUCUAGAUACUAGGAGAGGAUAUAUUGAUUUAAUAGUAUCCUUCCUAGCUCACGCUUGUGAGUCAACGGCAGAGUGCAUUCCCCAAUAUACAGCAGGAAGCGAGUUGGUAGAUUCGUUUGAAUCUCUUAAGUAAUCCAAUAUGGCUUUGUUCAGAUUGGGUUCUGUUCUUGGGAAGACCUCUCAUGUCCCUCCUAAAAAGAAUAAAGACAAAACAAGCUUCUUUUAAAAGUAAUAAGAAGUCACGCCCACCUACCUGGUCACAUGAAGGGAGAGGAUGCUCUAGGUGGAACAGGAAGUUCAACUGGCUGGAUCAACACCCCCCUAUCUGUGUCCACUCUAGGCAAACAGGAAGCGUUGGACUUGACGGCUUAUGUUACAUCCCACACCACUUGGGGAUGCUGCCAGGAACUGAACUUGAGACCUCCUACCACUAGGCAACACUCCUUUCCUUCAGAAUAAGGUAGGCUUCCACUCUUCAUGGUUCCUAAUGAAGGACUGAGUUCAACAGAAACAUAGGAAGAACUUUCUGGCAGUAAGAGCUGUUUGACAGUGGAGCGGACUCCCUCCCAAGUCCUUCCUUGGAGGUUUUUAAGCAGAGUCUUGGAUGCUUUAGCUGAGAUUCCUGCAAUUGCGGCGGGUUGGGCUAGAUGACCUUUGGAUAUCCCUUCCAACUCUGCAUUCCUUUGAUUCUAUGAGGAAGCUGCCUUAUACUGAAUCAGACCACUGGUCCGCCUAACUCAGUAUUGCCUACAGUGAUCGGCAGCAAUGGCUCUCCAGGAUUUAAGGCAGGGGACGCUCGCAGCCCUACCUGAAGAUGCUGUUGGGGACGGAGCCACAUCUCAGCAGUGGAGAAGCUGCUCUUAAUUUACUUUUAUUCGCUUUCUCACCUUUACCCCCAAGGUCCCAGGGAUGGGCGACAACAAUAAAGCAUGCAACUGUAAAACAGAAAAAAGGCACAAAUGUAAAACAAGUGUUUAGAUCCAAUUAAAACCACUUCUGUAAUGAUUCCAUAUAUAGAAAAUGAUACAAACCAUUUUACCAAAAAAUAUCACGUAUGAAAACAGUCUGAAAUUUGUUCCAGUGCAGAUGGAGACCUUCAGGAGGCAGCAAAAUGGCAACAGAGAUGUCUAAUAUUGCAAGGAGGAGGUGCCACCACACACAAGGCCCUGUUCCUGCAUUGCAUGGACCCUCUUUGCAGACAGAAGAUCCCAGGUCCAAUCCCCAGUGGUGUCUCCAGUUAUAAAGGCUCAAGGAGCAACAGGUGCUGCAAAAGGCAGACAUCUCUGCCCUGAGAGCUUGGAGAGCCACUGCCGGUCAGAGCCGACAGUACUGGGUUGGGUAAGCAAGGAGUCUGGUCCUGCAUCCAGAAGUUCCCUGGUUCCAUUCCCACAUUUUCAAAAACAAAGAAGCAGCCGCUUGAGCCAGCAGGACAAAACGGCCCGGGACUUGGAGAGGCAGCGUCACAGACACAAAACUUGACUCAUACUUCUGAGUCAAGAUGCCAGGCAAAGAGGCAGUGGCAGUGUAGCGGUCAGAGUGCCAGCCUAGAACCUGGGAGGCCCUGGGUUCAAGUCCCUGUUCAGCCAAGAGGCUCGCUGGGGUGACCUUGGGCCAGUUGCCAUCUCUCAUCCUGGCCCGACUCAACAUCGGGAAGAACAUUCUGGCAGUCAGUGGGACAAACUCGCUUGGAAGUGGGUGGGCUCUGCUUCCUGGAGGUCUCUAAACAGAGGCUGGGUGGCCACCUGCCAGGGAUCCUUUGGCUGUGAUUCUUGCAACGCAGGGGGUCAGACUAGAUGGCCCUUGGGGGACCCCUUCCAACAAUUCUUACUCUUCUAACCUACCUUGUAGGAUUGUUCUGAGGAGCAAAUGGUGAGACAAAGAAGUAUCUGUGUCCCAUUGAACUUAUAAAUAAAUGCAUUUCAAAACAAAAUGAAUAAAUACCGUGCAUUGCAAAGAAAGGCUCCCCUCAUAUUGCAUUUCCUUCCUGAACAAACUUACAAAAGGGGCACCAUCAGAGACCCCAAAAGGCACAAACUUAAGUAAGAAGGAGUGUGGGGUUGGGUGGGGGGUACUGAGACUCCCCCUACCACCCCCCCAGAAUUAACUCUUCUCUCUCCUCUUUGCCUCAUCUUCAGCUAAUUGUUGGAAACAAUUCCUUUUCUCUCUCUCUCUCUCUUUUUGGAGAGGUUCUGGCAUCAGACUCUGCACGGCUGGUGUGAGGAAUGGGUCCCCCAGGCCUCAUCCAGGUAAUUUAUUGGUCUGUUAUGUAUAAAUCACACAGGCAGCCCCCUCCCCACCUCCAGGCAACCUGAAGACAAGCCGCUGAGUCCCUGAGGCCUUGCGUUGACUGACAUCUGAGGUUGCCCCCUCCUGGAGAGGAAAGGGGCAGGGGGAGGGGGGACAGAACAUUGCCACAAGGUGUGGGGCAAAGACACCCACUCUCUCUCUCUCACACACACACCCCACUCCUAACAAGCACAAAGUAAGGUUUGUGAAAUCAGCUAGGCAGGAAAACAUCAAGUCUGCUUUCAUCGGCAGCCUGAUCGGCAAUAAUCAACAGGUGGUGUUUUGCAGGAACAUAAGAAUGGAAAAGCCUGCAGGAUCAGGCCUGGGCGGGGGCCCCAACUAGUCCAGCAUCCUGUUCUCACAGGAGCCAACCUGAUGCCCCACUGGGAAGCCUCCCAAGCAGCCCCUGAGCACACCACCACCCAUCUAAUUGUUGUUCCCCAUCAUCUGGUAUUCAGAGGUAGACUGCUCCUGGCCAUGGAGGUUCUGCUAUCACAGUAGACAUCCAUAUGGAUAGCCCUGCUGGAUCAAGCCAAUGGCCCCUCUAGGCCAAUAUCCUGUUCUCAGUUGGGAAACCUUUCUGAGAUCUGAGGUCAAGGUGUGCUGCUUUAACCUUUUCCAGCUGAGGGCCACAUUCUCCUCUGUGGCAGCAGCUGGGGGCCGCAUGCCAGUGGUGGGUGGGGCCAGAGGCAAAAGUGGGUGGGGCAACACAUGCAAAUUUUGCCUUCCCAGGAUAGGUUGCUUUCUACACACACACACCCCUCUCGCCACCCUGGGGAGAUUUCCAAGGGCCAGAUAAGGGAGGUCUGGAGGGCCACAUCCCUCAGGUGGGUUGAAUGGACCCCCACUGGCCUAACCCUGCUGCAGCCAGGCUCUUCCAAUGCUCUUCUAAAGAAUUAUGAACAUUCACAGUGGAAGGUAAGGCUGUCAGUGGCUUGUAACUGCUAUGGCUCUGUUCUCCCUGCCCUGGCGGAGGCAGUGAAUGUAUCUGCAUGCCAGUCCAACUGGGCCGGGGAGAGCUGGCACACUCAGGUCCUGCUUGCAGGCCUCCUUUCUUGCCCCAAUUGGGCCACUGAGAGAACAGGAAUUUGGACUCAGGGGGCCUUCAGGAUUGUAAAAGAGAACCUCCAAUCGGAGGCCUGCUGUGAUAGCAGAACCUCCACGCCCAAAGGCAGUCUACCUCUGUAUACCAGGCAAUGGGGAACAAACAGUUGAGAGUUGCUCAGGUCCCUUUGGGGCGUCUGGCUGGCCACAGUGAGGACAGGCCGCUGGACUCGAUGGGCCCCCUUUGUGAAGGCCAUUAACCAACAGAACCUCCAGGCACAGGGGCAGCCUACCUCCAAACUGCAAGCUGGGAGAGCGCUGUUGCCUCCAUGUCUGGCUUGUGGGUUUCCCGUUUGGGGCAUCUGGUUGGAUGCAGGAUACAAGACUAGAGGGGCCACUUUUUGCCCGAUUCCAGCACACACACACACACACACCCCAGGCUCUGCUUAUGUUCUUAUGGAACCUCCAAAGGCUGGACUGGACGGGCCCCCUCUGGCCUGAUCCUGCUUCUACAGGGCUCUCCGGGUGGCUCUCCACGCCGUGCCCAAGCGGGAACCGGGGAGGAAGGGCGAGAAACUGGUUUCGUGGCCCCUUGCUGGCUGCGCGCAGGCAGCGCGAGGCGCAUUUCGGGGUGGCGCGUGCGCGCGCGCGCGCUGAAAGGGGCGCCUUUCCCCUCAACGAGUUCCGCACAUUGGAGCGAGGCUCUGGUGAACUCAUUGACGCGGCAGGGGGGGGUCUGGGUGCCCCCUCCCUUCCCCGCCAUUAAUCACCGCGCGAGGAGGCGACGCAGGCAGGCCAGAUGCGGGGAGCCAGCGCCUCUCUCCCUCCUCCUCCAGCAGCAGCAGCUGCGGCUUUGGCGCAUGCUCAGCGGUGGGCCCAGGACCGGCCUGACUUGGACAGGAUACAAGCCCCCAUUUCCGAGCCUUCCCCCCUCAAAAAAGCCCCCCACACCUGGCUUCGAUUAGCAGCGCCUUGGCUGCCCGCUCCAAACCACUCUCAGCGCGACGCCACGCUGGAGGCGCAGGGAACUGUUAAUCCUGCUCCUGGCUCCCCCGUGCCAGGCCAGAGGACCCGGGCCGAAGGAAUCCCUUCCUGGGGAGAUGGGGGGCCAAGGCCCAGCUACCCUGCCCUGGUUUCUCUCCCUCUCUCUCUCGGGCCCGUUGGCCAAGCUCCCUGGCAACAUCCCCACACGGGCUUCGGAGGGUGGGGUGUGGUAAGAAGCCUUCCUAUCCCUCCUCUUUGAGAAUCCAGAGAGCCUUCGCCCCCACUCCCAGCCUCUUCAUCUGAGGGGUCUCUCCUCUCAGCCCAUUCGCACCUUCAGGCCUCAUCCUGCUCUCCUCCCUCCCCAUAAUUGUGACUUAAUCCUUUUGCAACUGGCUCUGGAUUUGAGGAAAGUGGGGGAACCGUAAAGUCUCCUUUGGGUCUGGGAGGGAGGAAGGAAGGGGGGACGGGACGUUCCCUGCCGUAAUGCCAGACCCCUCCAGUUUCUCCAGGGAGAGAGAGGCCCAUCUCACUGGGCAAAGGAGACUGACAAAGGAGAACUGGAGCAGGAGAGGGAGGCUCUGGCCAAGGUCUGGCAGAUGGGCGGCUUAUGAUGGGUGGGAAACAGCCAGGAGGGACAAUGGCUGCGAGGAAGCGAGUGGUGGAGAGAAGGGGUGCCCCCUUGUGUGCACACAAAAUCAUAGACCUGUAGAGCUUGAAGGGUCCCCCAAUGGUCAUCUAGCCCAACCCCUGCAAUACAGGAAAUGCAGCUAAUGGAUCCCUGACAGGUGGUCACCCACCUUCUGUUUAAAAACCUCCAAUGAAGCAAAGAAUCCUAGAAUUGUGAGGUUGGAAAGGAUCCCAGAAAGGCUGAUAAGGACAAAAUAUUGGGGUACGGUACUUAAACCGUUUCCCAACUUCGCCAGGGUGUAGAGACCUGCGGGUUCAGAACUGAUCAGAUUCAGGCAAGAGACCUCAGCCAGGCAAAUCAAAGCAAAACAGCAGCUAGGAAGCCUUGAUCAUUUUAUUGUUGCAAUAAGGUUCCCAAUUCCCAAGCAAAAACAGGGAAGAAAAAGCCCAGAACAAAGGGCAUAUGGGCUGUUAAGAGUUGUGGGAUAUAAUAUCACGGAAACAGUCAAAUACAACAUUUCCUUUUUGCCCAGAGUGUACACACAGGGGAAUGUUGCUCCAGCCAGGAGGACUUCCUGUCACACCUGGAGCAUCCUCCCCCUGCGUGUGACCAGGUAGAUGGGCGUGACCCUGGCAGACCCUACAAAAGGGCCAGUCACGCAGCCACUGUUCUCUCUUGAUCCUUUCUCUCCAUUUUUCCUUUUGCUGUCUGCGGGCUCUCAGCCAGCAGCACAUGGGCUCAUCCCUCACAGAGGAUGAACCCACACUUUUCUCUGUAACUGUAACUACAAGCUAAAGCAGGGGUAGGCAAUGUAAGGCCCGGGGGCCAGAUCUGGCCCAAUUGCCUUCUAAAUCCAGCCCCUGGACGGUCUGGGAAUCAGCGUAUGAGUAGAAUGUGUGCUUUUAUUUAAAAUGCAUCUCUGGGUUAUUUGUGGGGCAUAGGAAUUCGUUCAUUCCCCACCGCCAAAUAUAGUCCAGCCCCCCACAUGGUCUGAGGGACGGUGGACCAGCCCACGGCUGAAAAAGGUUGCUGACCCCUGAGCUAAAGCCUGCCUUCAUACUGUGAACUGAAUGCAAGUAAACCUUAUCAUUACUUUUAAAAGAAGACUGUUGUGUCAUUAUUGUUUUUAAGAGGGAACUAAAGGGGAUUUACCAGGAACAAUCCAAUCUGGACAAGCCAGACUGGAUUGCUUAAAGCAAACGAUUCUCAUGAAUCCAUCCACUAGCUUCCUGCAAUGUGCAAGGGAAUGUGCUCUGUUACUGGCUCACUCGCGUGAGUGAGGAAGGAUAGUAUUUAAUCAAUAUAUCCUCCCCUACUAUCCUCGAAAAAUUCCCACAAGAGUUCCCACAUUUCCCCAUGAUACAUUUAACACAGCAGCAUCAAAACAUCAUCGGUAUGUCACGGAAAAAGCUGUGGCGCCAGGCAGAAACCUUGAGAUCCAGACAUGCCCCUGUCCAUCAUGCGUGGUUCAAGUGCACACUUCACGCGAGUUAAUGAAAAUAUCUCCAUAUCCUAGGUGUGCGUGGGCGUCCCAGUUCCAUUCCUUCCAUGAGUCAGGUCCCCUCCCCUCCAUUCCUGGACCACAAUUUUUAUUACCCUUUGGAACUAAAUGAAACCAUCUAUUGGGCUAUUUCUUUGGUGAAUUUCUAUGUUUGGGAACGGGGUCUCCUUGCCCAGUGCAGGUUGUCCAAUGGAGGGGAAUGUAUUGAAAUCAGUGGUGGUGUUGGCAUGUGACGCCGUGCGGCGGAACGAGCUCCUCUGCUCUGGAAAUGGAUGUUGUCAAAUUCACACGAGCUCAGGAGGCCAACGCUUCUGAUGUGUUGGCUGGGUAACACCCCCCCCAAUUCCCCCCCCCCCUCCGUAAUAAAACCAUCCUACCCAUUCCCAAAGGGCCAGCCUCUGUGGGUGCAGCAGAGAUCCUGCUGGCGCCCCCGAUAAGGAAAAGGCUCUUGGCCAACCCUCUGGAGGGCUGAGUGCGCCCGGCCAGCCUUGGUGCUGCUGGCGUGAUAAUUGCCGCGUGUUUGCGUCACGCCCGCGCUGGCCCUGCAGUACCUUCCUGUGGCCACCGGGUGGCAGCACCUGCCCCUGCUAGCGCGCCCGUUGCCGGAGCAGCAGCGACGCUUGCUGACGCUGCUCAGCGAGUGACGAAGGUAGCAGCCGGGGCGAGGUGGGGGGUGUUCAGGAUCUGGGGGGUUAGCUUGGCUUGGCUUGGCUUUGCCUUGCCCGGUGGGUCGGGAAGGACGUGCCCCGAAUGCCACGGAGCCCCACAAACACUGGCCCCCUUCACCUCGGGGCCAGGCAGCUGGCAGCUCCCAGCCUCGUUGCAAAGACAGAAGCAGGAGCUCUUCCGCCUUUGCCAGCUGCAUGGCAGGCAGAUAUCCAACAGGGGGCGCUGUGCUGAUCGCAGCAAGCUACACCUGUUGGUUUUCCGCCUACUGUGUACCCAAAACCUUGGCUAGGACACGUGGGCGGCUUCCUGUUCCUGACCUCUUAAUCUUGCAUCACUAAUGUGUGUUUAAUUAUAAGGAGCCGGUAUGGACUGCUAGGACCAGACCCUACCUCACAGGGGUUCUUGCGAGGAUAACUGUGUACUCCGCCCCAAGUUCUUGAGGGAUAGGGGGAAUAUAAAUGCGACUCACCGAUCAUUCAGUCAAGCCCUUAACAGCUCAGGACCUGCUCAAAACAAUUUUGUUUAGGCAGAGCUUCUCCAGACAUGAACUGUUGAGAGGUGGUUUAGGCAUGGAUGUUUUAGUUGAGACUUCUGUAUCGCAGGGGGUUGGUCUAGAUGACUCUAGGGACCCCUUCUAACUGUACAGUCCCGUGAUGCUGUUAAUCUGGUUUUUACCUAGACAUUAUUUUAACUGUUUUUUGAAGGUUUCACAUAGUUGUGCUUAACUGCUUUUUAACUGAUAGCUUUUGUAAAGUGCUUUGAAGGUUGUUUUUACAGUCAAGCGGCAUAUAAUACAUUUUAUGAAACAAAUCAGAUCUAUAACCCCUCUUUCCAAAAAUGUAAGUGCUAAACUCAACAUAGCAAAACAUGGCAAGCAAUAAAUAAAAUGCGCCAGAAAAUUUUAAAAUCCAACCUGGGCUUUCAGAUCCCAGCAGCGCAUAAGUUUGCUUGAAGCGACCAAAUCCUCAGUGGGCCAUUUUUUCCUCACAACAGCCCUGUAAGGUAGGUUAAGCCGAGAGACUGUGACUGGUCCAAGGUCACCCAGAGAGAGCUUCAUGUCUGAGUGGGGAUUUGAACCUUGGUCCGACACCCUAACCACUGCACCAUGCUGCCUCCCUUUCCGUGACCUUGCCCAUUGCACUUCCCAUCUCACACUUUUUAAAGUAAGAUGGUGAGCUAUUAUAUAUAUAUGGAAUGUUCAGGGAGGCAGGAGAGGAUAUAUUGUUUAUUAAUAUCCUUCCUAACGUACAUUAGCAAGUUCCUUUACUUAGCAGAGUUUACAUUCCCCUUUUGCAUGCACAGCAGAUAGCUGGUUGCAGGCUUGUGUAAGCCUCUCACUGUUUUAUACAAUUCAAUAUUGAAUUGUAUAUUCCUGGUAAGUUCCCUUUUAUCCCUCUUAAAAGAAUAAAGACAUGACAAUCUUAAAGUCAAUAAAAGCUGUUUAUUCACAUCAGUUCACAAUUGGAUCCCUGAUGGCAGAUUUAGUUACAAAUAUAUACAUAUGCAUCUACCCCAUAUGGGAGAUUUGAUCCCAGAGCAUUUCUAGCUAAGAAGCUGGUCCAGCGACAGAGGAAGUGAAAAAGAGAGAGAGUGGCAGCAUGCCUUGUCCUUCUGUUACCUGGACAGGUAAGGUCACGCGCACCUCUGGUGACAUGCAAAGGAAGGCUGCUCCAGUCAGGAGGAAACAGGAAGUUUUCGACUGGCUGGACCAAACACUCCCCCGCAUGUCUUCUCUAGACGCUGCUGGACUGCAACUCCCAUCAUCCUCUCUGGCUGCUGGGAGUUGGGGACAAACAACAUCUCGUGAAUGGCAACCGAUGCCCCCCCUCCCAUGUUAAUCACCCCGUGCUGGGCCCUGUAUGAUGUGCAGUCCAAACUGCACAUCAUACAGGGCCCAGUGAAAUGCAAACAGGGGACACAGAAAGGGCUGAACUCCUCAAUGCCUUCUUUGCCUCAGUCUUCUCCGAUAAAGAAAACAAUGCCCGACCUGAAGAAUUUGGAGCAAAUGAUGCAGCAAAGGAAACACAGCCCAGAAUAACUAAGGACAUAGUACAAGAAUACUUGGCUAGUUUAGAUGUAUUCAAGUCUCAAGGGCCAGAUGAACUGCAUCCAAGAGUAUUAAAAGAACUGGCAGAUGUGAUCUCAGAACCACUGGCAGUCAUCUUUGAGAAUUCCUGGAGAACAGGCGAAGUCCCGGCAGACUGGAGGAGGGCAAAUGUUGUCCCUAUUUUCAAAAAGGGGAAAAGAGAGGACCCAAAUAAUUACCGCCCAGUCAGUCUGACAUCAAUACCAGGGAAGAUUCUGGAGCAGAUCAUUAAGCAAACAGUCUGUGAGCACCUAGAAAGGAAUGCUGUGAUCACCAACAGUCAGCAUGGAUUUCUGAAAAAUAAGUCAUGUCAGACUAACCUGAUCUCGUUUUUGACAGAAUUACAAGCCUGGUAGAUGAAGGGAACGCAGUGGAUGUAGCCUACCUUGAUUUCAGCAAGGCAUUUGACAAGGUGCCUCAUGAUAUUCUUGUAAAGAAGCUGGUAAAAUGCGGUCUUGACUAUGCUACCACUCAGUGGAUUUGUAACUGGCUGACUGACCGAACCCAAAGGGUGCUCAUCAAUGGUUCCUCUUCAUCCUGGAGAAGAGUGACUAGUGGGGUGCCACAGGGUUCUGUCUUGGGCCCGGUCUUAUUCAACAUCUUUAUCAACGACUUGGAUGAUGGACUCAAGAGCAUCCUGAUCAAAUUUGCAGAUGACACCAAAUUGGGAGGGGUGGCUAACACCCCAGAGGACAGGAUCACACUUCAAAACGACCUUGACAGAUUAGAGAACUGGGCCAAAACAAACAAGAUGAAUUUUAACAGGGAGAAAUGUAAAGUAUUGCACUUGGGCAAAAAAAUGAGAGGCACAAAUACAAGAUGGGGGACACCUGGCUUGAGAGUAGUACAUGUGAAAAGGAUCUAGGAGUCUUGGUUGACCACAAACUUGACAUGAGCCAACAGUGUGACGCGGCAGCUAAAAAGCCAAUGCAAUUCUGGGCUGCAUCAAUAGGAGUAUAGCAUCUAGAUCAAGGGAAGUAAUAGUGCCACUGUAUUCUGCUCUGGUCAGACCUCACCUGGAGUACUGUGUCCAGUUCUGGGCACCACAGUUCAAGAAGGACAUUGACAAACUGGAACGUGUCCAGAGGAGGGCAACCAAAAUGGUCAAAGGCCUGGAAACGAUGCCUUAUGAGGAACGGCUAAGAGAGCUGGGCAUGUUUAGCCUGGAGAAGAGGAGGUUAAGGGGUGAUAUGAUAGCCAUGUUCAAAUAUAUAAAAGGAUGUCACAUAGAGGAGGGAGAAAGGUUGUUUUCUGCUGCUCCAGAGAAGCGGACACGGAGCAAUGGAUCCAAACUACAAGAAAGAAGAUUCCACCUAAACAUUAGGAAGAACUUCCUGACAGUAAGAGCUGUUCGACAGUGGAAUUUGCUGCCAAGGAGUGUGGUGGAGUCUCCUUCUUUGGAGGUCUUUAAGCAGAGGCUUGACAACCAUAUGUCAGGAGUGCUCUGAUGGUGUUCCUGCUUGGCAGGGGGUUGGACUCGAUGGCCCUUGUGGUCUCUUCCAACUCUAUGAUUCUAUGAUUCUAUGAUUCUAUGAAACCUAGGAAUCUUUGCCUUGCAUGUGUUGGCGUACAGCGGUUUGCAAAGGGUUAAAGCAGACAGAAAAGGGAACUCCCAAAUUCCUAAACUGUCUCCUUGUCCUUUGAUCUCCGUGCUGACCUCUCCUUUAACGCUAGACUGAUACUCUCGGGUUGCAGCUCUCACUUCCUGCCUCCCCCUCGUUUCUCUUGGGGGGAGUUCUUGCCUUUUUGGCUCUAUCCCUGCGGGGAGAAGAAAGGCGGCAAACGUGGCUUCCUUGUAUUGCCAAAUCACCCAGAACGAGGAACUAUUUUCCUAUCCAAAUACGCAUUUCCUAUAAUAAAUUUAACUUUCUUCUUCCAACCACAGUUUACCCAGAAGGAAGCCCAGCUGAGCAAAAGGGUGCUAACUCUGCAGGGACUGCGCUCAGGAUCAGGGCCCCCCAGAAUUUCCAGACGCGAGACCUUCAGGAGCUUCAAUCUGCUUCCUCGGAAGUAAAAUGGACCUCGCAGAGCUGGUGGCGAGGACCACCAUAAAGAGCGAGAAAAUGGGGUGGGUGGUCUGAGCCUCCUCAGAGGGGCGUGGGAAGGGCCUGAGAGAGGCUGCUUCUCCUGCGACGAGCAGCUGUUUGGUUUAGCCAAUCCUCACCGACCCUCAAAUGCUCCUCUGCAGCCAUGCGGACUAGAAGCUUGGGGAUUCCUUUAGAGUGGAAAUGAGAAGGGGUUCCCCACUGUCUGGCACAGGGUGGAGGGAGGGGUAGUCCGGGGCGCGAGGGAUGCUGAGGUUUCUCCGUGAUCCGCAAAAUUGUUUGGUUCCUGUGAUCAAGGUGAAGAUUCUGCAUUUCCCUUUAGAGGUUAAUUGCCCAGCUGAGUUUCUGCCUGUCAGACAGCUAUGAAAAUAGGGAUAUGGCUCUCUGGGUGUUAUUGGACCUCUUCAUUAGCCCCAGAAGUAAAAAAAAAAGAGAGAGAGAGAGAUUUGGUAAAUAAUAAGAUAUAAUAAUACGAAGAUGCGGUCCAGCAACAUCUCUUUCUCUCUCUCUCUCUCUCUCUCUCUCACACACACACACACACACACACACACACUCUCUUACUCUUUCUUUACACCCACCCACACCCAGAGAAAAAGCGAGGAGUCCGGCUACUCCUGCGUCCCUCACGAGUAGAGGAAGGAAAAUGCGCUUUGCACAUGCUCAGAGGACACCUCCCAACGCUCAGCUCUGGCAACAGUUGCGACGGCAAAAUGACUGUUUCAGUCCCGGGAGAGAGAGAUGAGCCUCUUUGAGGUGGGGGGAGUGGGGUUCAGAGGUGGUGGGGCGCGUGGAGAGCUCGAGAGCGCGAUGGGAAUACCUGUAAGGGAUUGAAGCGCCUGCAAACCUGGCGCAGAGUGUUGGGAGGGGGCGUCCUUGGGUGUGUGGGCUGCUACGGGGGAGGAAGAGGAAGAGGUGACUAACCUGAUCUCUGCGCCCACCCACCCACCCACCCCACGCUUCCUUUCCCCACUCCCCACGCCUCGCGCAUCCCUCUCUCCAUUUCUCUCUCCAUCCACCCGUUUCUUCCAGACUUUUCUCUUCCUAGCGCUGCAGCAGUUCCGGGGCAUGGGCAGAGAGAGGGGUGAGCUGGAGCCUGCACCUGGGGAGUUUGGACUCGGAGCCCAAACCCCGACAAGGAGGGGUGGACCAGCUCAGCUGGGGGCCCUCCCCACCUUGGCCCGAGGCGAGGGACCCAGGCAUCUUCCCUGCAUCAGCAGCAGCUUUCAUCCCUGGUUGCCAUGGAGACCACAAUGAUGCUUUUCCAGGGCAGAAUGUGAGGUCAGGGGAGGGGGGUGGGAGGAGGACGAGCAGCUUCCAACACAAACAAGAUCGGGAGCGGGGAGAAGGCAAUUGCCGCGGGGGGGGGGGGGCGCGCUCGGAUAUGGUUUCCAGGCAGUAAAUACGCCGGGAAUGGGGGUGGGGUGCUUCUGUUUGCAGAUUGCAGUAUAGGAAUGAAGCUGGAAUUGGGAAGGUGAACCGUUGUGGCGCUGGGGGACGACGACAGGAAUUUGUGAUUUCUCCUUUUCGGUGUUAUCUGUGGGGAGCGAAGGUCAUAGCCCGCUGACAAAGCCCCCCCCCCCCAAGCCUCAUCCCACGCUCUGGGUUAACAGAGCUGGAGUAAAAUAGCACUUUUUUACCCCUACGGACUAGCACCUUGGCACGACUUUAAGAGCCCAGGGCGCAUUUUUAACGCUUCCCUUGGAGCUGGGUGUGGGGAGAAGAAAGCGCCAGUUUUUCUCAGGUGGGGGCUGGCUUGUGAUGACCCCCCCCUCCCACAGUCACCCAGCCGGCGAUGGCCCUCGGGUGGCGCUGACAGUUCCUCGCCCUGCUGCCCAUCCACCUUCCCCCACGCUGACUUAUCCCCACGGUGUGUGCUCUCCGAUUUAAGGAUUAUGGGGGGUGGGGGGGACGCUGGUGCUCCACCUCGGCCCCUUUCUUCCUGCUGCCGCUUUGCCCAGGGCUGUGGGUGGGCGCCCCACCCUGGGAGGGGAAGGAGAGGAUGUUGUGUCUGGAGAGAGAAAAGAUUCCUGGAAUAUCUGCCGCCACCCCCCAAAGUCCCUUUUCAGAACCGCUGUGCGUGUUUCAUGCAGAGUAGAAAGGGGGGGGGGGAGGAGAAUGAGGCAUAAUGAGAGGCUAGCAACGUAACGCACCCCCCACGGCAUAUUAAUCUACUUCUAAGUACUCUGGCGCUUCCCCCCCUUCCCCAAAAGAGCCUCUUCCUUAGGAUCAGGCUGGGGGGGUGUGGACUGAGGGGGUGUCAUCUUAGAUAUCAGUAGCCCCUUUUAAUCUGUCCUCAGAAUCCUGUCCCAGCCUGUCAUCGGCUAAGCGAAGUCAAACCCCAAAAGGAGAGAGUCCUCUUCGAUCGUGUAGACACAAACACACGCGCACACUCGGGUUUAUUCCGCACCCGCCGCUGGUUUGGGCACACGGCUUUAACCACGACUCGCAUCUAUCCCGUACCUCCCCUGCCGGCUCUUCCGAAACGUUGCAUUUCGAUGCCUUCCCCCGCACCCUGCAUGCAAACUGGCUUCGAUCCAGAUUGAGAAAAUCAGCCGCCUGGCUGCAUUUGGAGCCAAUCCGGUAACAGUGCCAUACAAACCAUUCCGCUGAACCGGUAUCUUCUGGCGGGGGGUUUUCAGUGGGUGGGUUGAUGCAGCUUUUGCCAGAGGCAGGAAGCGCUCACCUUGUUGAGUUGGCACGUGUAAUUUGGAGAAAAGAGAAUAGAUUAAUCCCAGAUUAAAGCCCGAGUCUCUGUUUUGCUGGGCACCCGUUAGCAACCGUGUUUACCCAAGGGUCAUGCUGUGGCUGGAAGUAGGUGAUGAGGGGAGGUCUGUUCGAUUUUAUUAAGAGAACUCCCACUACACAAACACACACACGUGAGAACAAGAGCCUGGCUGCUGGGUCAGGACAAAGGGCCCCAUCUAGUCCAGCAUCCCCUUCUCUCAGGGGCUGAACAGUUGCCUGUGGCAGGAUUUGAGCAUGGGAGCCCUCGCUCCUCCUGCAGUUUGCAGCAACUGGUAGAAUCGCAGAAUCCUAGAACUGUAGAGUUGGAAGGAGGUCCCCCAAAGGUCAUCUAGUCCAACCCCCUGCAAUUCAGGAAUCACAGUAAAAGCAUCCCUGAGGGAUGGCCAUCCAAUCUCUGCUCCAGUGAAGCAGUGAAGUCCGCCACCUUCUGAGGAAGCCCAACGUCCCGUAGGAAACCCGCAAGCAGGACCCAAGCACAGAAGACGCCAGGAGGGCCUCUGCCUGUCAGUGUGUGCAGAACUGAGUUAGAUGUGACUUUCUAAGUUCCUGUUUAAAUAACCCCCUUAUUCAAAGCCAUGAGGACUGGAAUUCGGGCACCUGCUUUGCACACAGAAGGUUCCAGGUUCACCCCCUGACAGCAUCUCUAAGCAGGACUAGGAAUGCCCAUUGCCACCUGGUGAGCUUUGUGGCUGAGUGGGGACCUGAGCCUGGCUCUCCCGGGUCCUAGUCCCACACCUUAACCUCCAGCCCACAUGACAACUCCCAUCACACAAUGCAUGUCCCACAGACUCCUUCCAUUCUGGAAGCCCCAAGGCAGGCUCCCCCCCCCCCUUAGGCUCACUAAGAAAUAAUAGGGGGAACCUCAGAGCAGAGCCUUGCAGCACCUGGGGGGCCCCUCUAGCCCGGCACCCUCUUCUCACAGGGGCCAACUGCCGCUAAGAAACUAGGAAUCUCGAUAGACUGCCUCUGGAACUGGAAGUUCCAUAGGAAUGUCCAAAGAGCCUACUGGUUUAGGCCAAAGGGGGCCCACCUAGUCCAGUCUCCUCACAGUGGCCAAAUACUGCAUAUAACCUAGGAAUUUAGAUAGACUGCUUCUGGACCUGGAGGUUCCACAAGAAAUUGCAGGAGAGGGCAAACAUCUCACAGGGUGUGGGGAGAAACCACCCAGAAAUCCUCAUAUUCUCACAUUUUAUUUCCAUGUGGGCGCUUUCAGAAUCUUGCGGAAAUGAAAUAAAUCACAUGCAGCUUCCAGGUAGGCCUGAACUUGCUGUCUGACAAUUCCUGCUUUUCAGGGAGUUGGACUAGAUAACCCUUCUAGGUCCCUUCCAACAAUAAAAUUCUGUGAUUCUGUGGAUUUCUAGCUCUUCGUCGAAAAGCCUAUAUGACAGUUCUACUUUAUGAGCUUGCUUUUGUGGGAGGUCAGAAACUCCUGGGCACAAAUCUAGCUUGGGGAGCUGCCUUAUGAAAGGCCCAUCUGGUUCAAUAUUGGUUGCACUGGCUGGCAGCAGCUCCUCAGGAUUUUAGACUUUCCUAGUCUCACCUGGAGAUGCUGGCAGGGGUUGAACCUGGUACCUUCUGCAUGCGGGCAGGUGCUCUACCACUCAGCUAUGCCCCCCACCAUGGACACGGCCUCGUUUUGUGGCCUUGGGUCCAUCCCUCGGCCUCGGCCUCCACUUCCCCAUCUUUAAAAUGGGAAGCAUUCCCUCCCGCAAAAGAACUCUUUGUGAAGAAGCAGGCUCAGAUGUUUCCAAGCCGAAAGCGUGAGACAAGAGAGAGAUGCCUGGGUGCAGAUUCCAGUGUUCCUCUCUGCCUCUCUCAAUAGGCGGCUGGGGGGGGGCACCUCCCUGCUGCCUAUCACUGUCUUCUCCCGCCUCUGAGCCUUGCAUUUAUCUGAGAGAUAAUGGGCUCUGCCUCCCACAUAAUGCGUCUUACAGAACCACUUCAGAGGCCGACAGGAAAGGAAGAGCUGAGGAGAGAAGAAGGGGAGGCGGGGGUAGACAAGAGGAGAGAAGGUCCAUAUAUAACAGGGGGCUGGUGAGUUCAUGCCUCCCCCCUCCAGAUGCUGUUGUUGGACUCCGACUCCCAUCAGUCAGUGCCAGCCGGCAUGGCCAAUGGCCAGGGAUGAUGGGCGUUGUAGUCUUAGGAUGGGGAACAUCUGUGGGGUCUCCAGAUCUUGUUGGACUCCAACUCCCAACAGCUGGCCAGGGGAUGAUGGGGCUCCAGAAACAUCUGGCAAGCCAGAGAUGCUCCCCAUCCAUGUCAUCGUCCAGCAACAUCUAGGGGAGCAGGUGUUCCCCAGCCCUGAGAAUGGCGCUCUGUUGGGUUUAUACCAAGCGGCUUCCAUGUUUGCAAAUGCCUUGCAGCUGGCAAUUCUUCAGAGGCUCCGUCAGGGUUGAAGGGGAGGAGAAGAGGUUUGGGGGUUAAAGCAUCUUACGAGCCAUGUUUCCUGCCCCCAAACAUUCUGCUUCUGAAGUGAGAGCUAGUCAUGUUUUCCUCGUGGCGCAGAAUCUGCACUCGGCGCAUUCUCAGAGGCAUGCUUGCCAUGCAGAGGUACAUGGUAGAGCACGAGACUCUUAAUCUCAGGACUGUGGGUUGGAGCCCCACGUUGGGAAAAAGAUUUCUGCAUUUCAGGGGGCUGGACUAGAUGGCCCUCAUGGUCCCACUCUACAAUCCUAUGAAUUUAUGAUGGGCAGGAGAAGGACCUAGGCUUUCUGGGUCAGAUUAAAGGCCUAUCUCUCUGGGAACCUUCCACUUCUGGAGGAGAUGAACUGGGUUGUUGGGAGAGACAGGGGUAGGGCCUUGGACUGUGUGAGGAUAGGGACGUUUAAGUCCCUUUCUCAGCAUAGUAAAACUGAGUCUCACUCAGGGAGGGUGUCUAGCAGUGGCAGGAUGGGUGGACUAUGUCUGUAAUAAAAUGUAAACCCUUACCAUGUUUUGCUGUUGCUUUCAGGCUCCGUUACCCCUCCAGGCCUUUGAAGGAAAGAUGGGCAGAGGGACUUCAGAAGAGCCCUGUUUGUCCACCAUCCUCUUCUCGCAGUGGCCAACCAGAGGCCUUUAAUGGGAAACUUGCAAGUAGGAAACCAAGCCCACCAACUUUCUCUCCACCUGUGGCUUCCAGAAAUGGGCCUUCAGAAGCAUUUCUGCCUCUGACCAUCACUGCCUCCUGAGGGAGGGAGUUCCAGAGUUUAACUCUGCUCUGCGUAAAAAAAAAGGGCUUCCGGAACCUUCCAGCAUGCUGUGUUUUAAAUAAAUACGUAAGUGAAUGAACGC